CAAGUGUGUUGAGGGCGAUAGCAAGCAACCAGCAGCCCUGAGGUGUCCCUCACUCUCCUGACGUUCUCUGCUUGCUUCUCUUAUCGCUCUUUUGACUUAUUUUUGAGGCCGUUUUGACUUUGACGUGAAUUAACGACCUCUGUUUUGGGGACGGCAUGGCAUUGCGACAACAUUCAGACAAGGAGCCGAGCAUUGAGUUAUUUGUUAAGAGCACAGGCACAACCUUAUCACGGCCCAAGUGAGCAAAGAGCAUGCUGUGUGAUGACAGGCCCCCAAGCAGGCACACCCACUCAACCAUGCACAUGCAGUCAAGAAAAUGGGUCCUUGUUUCCCAACAAAACAUUCAUUUUCUAUACAGGUCACAGGACAGCUGAGUUUGGGUGGGGCCGGCCAUGACGGCGAGAACGUGGGCAACUGUCCCUUCUGCCAGGGGCUCUUCAUGGUGCUGUGGUUGAAAGGAGUCAAGUUCACCGUGACCACUGUUGACAUGAGGAAGAAGCCCGCAGAGCUGAAGGACCUGGCCCCCGGCACCAACCCGCCUUUCCUGCUCUACAACGGCACCCUCAAAACAGACUUCAUCAAAAUCGAGGAGUUCCUCGAGCAAACACUGGCCCCUCCCAGGUAUCCACACCUCAGCCCUCUAAACAAAGAGUCCUUUGACGUGGGCGCUGACAUUUUUGCAAAGUUUUCCGCCUUCAUCAAGAACACACCAAACAAUGCCUUUCAAGAGAAAAACCUGCUACGGGAGUUUAAGCGUCUGGACAAUUACCUGAACUCUCCCCUACCCGAAGAAAUCGACCACAACUCAAGUGAGACAGUCGGCGUCUCCAAGAGGAAGUUCCUGGACGGGGACCGCCUCACUUUAGCCGAUUGCAACCUUCUCCCCAAACUGCACGUCAUCAGGGUUGCCUCCAAGAAGUACUGCGGCUUUGACAUCCCAGCCCAGUUGACAGGCGUGUGGCGAUACCUGCACAACGCCUAUGAGCGGGAGGAGUUCAAACAGACGUGUCCGGCUGAAAUCGAAAUCGAGAAGGCUUACUUAGGAGUGGCCAGUAACAGGAAAUAAAAUGUUCAUUCACCAUCUGUACAUGGUGCUGUGUGGUGCCAAAGAUGUAACAGCCAUCAAUCAUCUUAACACAGGGAUGGGGAACCUUUGGUUUUUUGUUUGUUUUUUUUAAUACUUCAGAGGUUUAAUUUGUUUUUAGAAUUGCUGUAUAUGACACACCUGCCACUGGUUCCCCACUACUGCCUUUAGAACUCAAAUCACAGAACACAGCGUUUUAGUGCUUUUGACUGUUUUAGUCACCUACAAGACCAAUUGUGAAAUUGACUGUUUAUUUAAUUUACAAGACUUGUGUUUAUAGUGUACAUAAAUACAGUAUAUUUUCAAUGAUUGUUAGUGAGUAACAAUCAGAACCCUUCAAAACUCUUCCUUUUAAUAAUGCAGAAAAUUAAUAUUCUUGUCUAUCUUAUUCUGUACUAACACAACUGACAUGAUGGGGAAUGUGCCACUACCAUACUAAUAAAAUAUUCAAAUGUGUUUGUUAUUUUAAAUCUCA